AGCCUCCCAUCAGUUCUCGCUGCCAUCAUGGGCAAUUGGGUAGAGAACGAGGGACUCUCCAUAUGCGUCAUUCUAAUAUGGCUGGGUCUAAAUGUUUUCCUCUUUUGGUAUUACUACUUAGUAUAUGAUUGUAGGCCGCAGUUCUACUAUACAAGACAGCUUCUUGGGCCUUACUUGGCAUUGGCUCGGGCACCCGCAGCAUGCCUGAAUUUCAACUGCCUAUUAAUUCUGCUUCCAGUCUGUCGAAAUCUGCUUUCCUUUCUCAGAGGCUCAAGUGCAUGUUGCUCUGUGCGUGUCAGAAGACAGUUGGACAGGAACCUCACAUUUCACAAACUGGUGGCCUGGAUGAUUGCACUACAUACUGCAAUCCAUACAAUUGCACAUUUAUUUAAUGUUGAAAGAUUGGUGGAUGCACGCAAUGAAAAAAAUGGAUCCAUUCAGGCUGCACUGUCUAAACUGGGUGACCAGUCAGGUGAAUCUUACCUGAAUUUUGCCCGAAAAAUGCUUCAGAACCCUGUAGGUGGCCUCUAUGUGGCAUUCACAACCUUGGCUGGCCUUAGUGGUGUCAUCAUUACACUGUGUCUAAUACUGAUUAUCACAUCAUCCACCAAGACCAUUCGCAGAUCAUACUUUGAAGUAUUCUGGUUUACUCAUCAUCUCUUUGUUAUUUUUUUUGCUGGCCUUGUCAUCCAUGGAUUUGGACAAAUUGUACGUGGCCAGACAGAUAUGAGCUUAUCAGAGCAUAAAGCAGACAUGUGUAUGAAUUACACCAACUGGGGGAAAAUAUCUUCAUGUCCUAAACCACAGUUUUCUGGAAACCCUCCCAUGACAUGGAAAUGGGUCAUUGGCCCUAUGAUUCUGUAUGUCUGCGAGAGACUGGUGCGGUUUUGGCGCUCACAACAAAAGGUGGUUAUUACAAAGGUUGUCACACAUCCUUUCCAAACCUUUGAGCUCCAGAUGAAAAAGAAGGGCUUUAAGAUGGAAGUUGGGCAGUAUAUUUUUGUCAAAUGUCCUGCAGUGUCCAUACUGGAAUGGCAUCCUUUCACACUGACUUCUGCCCCUGAAGAAGAUUAUUUCAGCAUUCACAUACGUGUUGUGGGAGACUGGACGGAAGGCUUAUUUAAAGUUUGUGGAUGUGACAAACAAGAACUCCAAGAAGCUUGGAAAUUGCCUAAGAUAGCUGUAGAUGGUCCCUUUGGUACUGCUAGUGAAGAUGUGUUCAGUUAUGAAACUGUGAUGCUUGUUGGAGCUGGCAUUGGGGUUACCCCUUUUGCAUCCAUCCUCAAAUCUGUGUGGUACAAGUACUGCAAUAAUGCCAUGGACCUAAAACUCAAAAAGAUCUAUUUUUACUGGCUCUGCCGAGACACCCAUGCCUUUGAAUGGUUUGCUGAUCUCUUGCAAUCAGUGGAGGCUCAAAUGCAAGAAAAGGAUCAAACAGACUUUCUCAGCUACAACAUCUAUCUUACUGGCUGGGAUGAAUCUCAGGCAACUCAUUUUACAAUGCAUCAUGAGGAAGAGAAAGAUGUGAUUACAGGCUUGAAACAGAAAACCCAGUAUGGAAGACCAAAUUGGGAAAAUGAGUUCAAAACAAUUUCAGGCCAACAUCCAAGUUCCAGGGUUGGUGUUUUCCUGUGUGGACCUGAAGCCUUGGCCGAAACUCUAAAUAAGAUGUGCAUUAACAAUUCAGAUGCUGACCCAAGAGGCAUACACUUUAUAUUCAACAAAGAAAAUUUUUGAAGAUGUACUUACCAAUCUUAAUUUAGCCAUGAUGUAUUAUACUUCGUUGGAAUUUUGCUAAAAGUUUCAGGUGUGUUUGAUACUGUAAAAUUUAGAAGAAAAAUACACGGUCUUAAACUGAUCCUUUUCUAAUCCCAUGGCAAGUCUUCUUAAAAGGCUUAGGAUAUGUUAGCAUUGUCAAACACAGACUGAGUUUAUAUUCUGUAUUAAACCAUCAGGGGAUUUUUAUUGUUUUAGGUUAGUGUGCAAUCCAAAUAUAUUGUGGUUUGCAAACUAAGGUUUAUGGCAUGCAGACCAUGGGCCCUUUUGAAUCUCCCAGCAGACCAAAAUCUCAUCCAGAUUUAGUUCCUUACUCAACCACAAAACUCAUUGGGUGAUUUUGAACCAAUCAUUGUCUGUCAGCUCCACCGAUUUCACAGGUUGCUACUGUUAUUCAAACAAAGGACAGAGAGUCUAUACAAGCAGCCCAAAUACUCUAAGGUGCUCAACUGCAACGCUUCACUCAUUAUAAAUCUCUUGAGGUUAUAUAAACAACAUUUUUGCAGUCUCUGCUUCAAGCACCUAGAUGGGUAUCUGAUAUGACUCUUAGAAUAGAAAUAGGGCAACAGAAAGUGAGCGAGGACAUGAUUAUUAAUACUCACCUUUGGUUUAAAUGCCAUUUCUUCCUGCCAGGACUCAUUCCAUUAAUCCUGGUAGACCAAUGUCAAUCUUCAUGGUAACAAACAAUGGUGGAGAAACUGAUUCACUAUGGCUUACCAUGCAAACCACUGUUCUUGGAAUGUUCUCAAGCUAGGAGAAUUAUUAGAGAAAGGGUUUUAAAUACCGAAGAUCAGAAUGAGGUUAGCCAUAUUCCAGUCACAUUAGAGCUUGUAUAACAUAUCCUAGAUGGGAGUCAAGCAGAUAUCUAGCUGUACUCGUUUCUGCUGCCCAAAAAAGCCAUUUUAGGGCUAAGUUUGAUAUCUUACCCUCCACACUUCUUAAUGGGAGAUUUACCAGUGCCCCCAUGUUUAAAAGAACUUGUCCUUGCAACAUAUGUUUUGUUGAGACCAUCUAACAUGUACUACUACACACCUCUGAUUACCAGGCCAGUUGACAAAUGCUCAUUGUUCCUUUACUGACAAAAUUAACUGGACGAAAUGAAAAUGUUCUUAUUGCCUUGUUGUUAGAUAUUGUGUAAUGUUGCUAAUGUUGCCAAAUUUUGCAUAGCAGCAGUAAGAUUUGCAGACAGAUAACUAAUGGGACUGGAUAUGGGGAAACAAAUUGAAGGAUUUGGGGACUUUUACCAUUAUUAUUGAUUGUAUAUUGUAUAAUUUGCCAUGAUUACUGAUUGAGCAAAUUUGUUUCCUGCUUGGUACUAAUUUUAUGAAAUCGUAGUAGUUUGUCAUAAAAUCCACUGUGACAUCAUUGGGUUAUUGAAUUGUAUUUUAAUAUGCUAAUAGGUCACCAGUUUAGCAUUCUAGCAUCUAAGUAAAUAUAUUUCUUAUCAGCAUUUUAUUAUUGAUACUAUUAAUACAGUGCUCAUUAACCUCUUAAAUGUUAUUUUCCUUAGUAUCCCAUUGACUGAACUCAGAUUCUGCUUUAGCCUACUUUAUUUGGAUUUUAUGUACUAAUUUACCAGUUUCCUCUUUCUGUUCUUUUAAAUCCUUUUUUUGAAUUUUAUAAUUUUUGAUGUAAAGCUGAACAAAAUACUAGUCAGUGAACUUUUAACAUACUUGUCUAGACAGAGAAUUAAGGAAAGAAAAGGAUGAUAUAAAAAGAUACAGAGUUCUACAAAGUAUUUAAAAUAAGUACUAUAUAAAACAUAUAAUGCAAAUAAAGCUCUUCUUUUCAAAGUGUUAAAACUUUGCUAUUACUUUUCAGUGUAUUUUCUUAAAAUAAAUGCUAGGGUUUUUUUCCAAAAUAGUUUAACUGAAAAGUAACAGCAAAGUUUUAAUACUUUGAAAAGAAGAGCUUUAUUUGUGGUAGUGAUGGCAGAUGAAGUUUUCCUGUUUAAACUUUCUUCUUAAAUUGAGAGUUCUGCUUCAGUAAAGUUCAUUAUUUUCAAUUUACUAAAAUAAUCACACCCAACUAACUUCCUUCUGCUUCCCAGAUUUCUGAUUCAUUAUGUUUACAGUUAAAUAAAAUGUAAUUUUCUUUUAACUGUAUACAUAAGGGUAAUUUUGCAAGAAUGAAAGAUAAUUAUAUAGCAUAAAGCUUAUUGUAGAAAUUUUUAACACACCCAAAAGUUGGUUUUCCCCCAACUUUUAUAAGCACGUUGCUCUUUACCUAGGGUUACCAGAUGUCCAGCAAACAGAGGGCAUGUUCUCUUUUUUGUCUCCAUGUCCUCUAUCUGACAGGCAUAGCCUUAAAAUCAAAUAUUGUGUGGCUUUUUAAGUGGCUUUUUUU